GCUUGCACAAAUCAAAACAAUUUAAGCAACUUAACUGAAAUUCCUCUGCCUAAUGCACAAGAUAAAAUUAAAAAAGAUGUUCCUCAAAUUGCUGCUUUAGAAGAUGGUGGAUAUCAAACGGUCAGUCUCGUUCAUGCUGACACUGACCCCCACAAUUAUGUUGUCUAUGUAAUCAAUCAAAAUAAUAACAAUUAUGAAACAUCCAGCAAUAUUAAGGAGAUUACUAAAGUAGACUAUGAUGAUAUAAAUGCAUAUAAUUUCAUUGAUGGGGAAGAUCCUGAUCUACCAAAAAAACAAGAAAUAAAAGAAGAAGAUAACAAAAGUAAAAUAUUUAAGUUAGUUCCUAAAAAGUCAAAAACUACUCAAAUACAUGAAUGUGAUUAUUGUUCUUACUCUACUGGGAAAAGGUAUUUAUUGGCUCGUCAUAUGAAAUCUCAUUCUAAAGAACGUCCAUAUAUAUGUACUAUUUGUGAUCGUGGAUUCAAAACUUUAACUUCUUUGCAAAAUCAUGUUAAUACUCAUACUGGAACAAAACCAUAUAAUUGUCGAAGUUGUCCAAGUAAUUUUACUACAUCAGGAGAACUUGUUAGACAUGUUCGUUAUAAGCAUACUCAUGAAAAACCACAUAAAUGUACAGUAUGUAAUUAUGCUAGUGUAGAAUUGAGCAAAAUGAGAAAUCACAUGAGAUGUCAUACUGGUGAAAGACCAUACCAAUGUCCACAAUGUACUUAUGCAAGUCCAGAUACAUUUAAAUUGAAGCGUCAUUUGCGUAUACACACUGGUGAGAAACCAUAUGAGUGUGAUAUUUGCUUUUCUAAGUUUACCCAAUCCAACAGUUUAAAAACACAUAAGCAAAUACAUACUGGUGAAAAGCCUGUAUUUAAAUGUGACAUUUGUCCUGCCACUUGUGGUCGAAAAACCGAUUUACGUAUUCAUGUACAAAAUCUUCAUACUUCCAACAAACCUAUUAAGUGCAAGCGAUGUGGUGAAGCAUUCCCUGAUCGUUAUCAGUAUAAAGUUCACUGUCUUUCACACAAAGGGGAAAAAUGUUUUAAAUGUGAAUUGUGUUCUUAUGCUUCCACAUUUCAGCGUCAUCUUGAAACUCAUAUGUUAACACAUACAGAUGAAAAACCAUUCCAAUGUGAUCAAUGUGAUCGGUCAUUCAGACAACAACAAUUACUACGCCGCCAUCACAAUUUGCGUCAUAAUCCAGCAUAUAUACGACCUCCUCCACAAGAGAAACCUUAUCACUGUAAUACAUGCAAACAAUCAUUUAGACAUAAAGGAAAUUUACUAAAACAUAUGAAAGUUCAUUUGCAAGAAUCAACUAGAAAGAAUCGAAAGACUGCAUUAAAAAAAAAACUAGAAUAUAUGGAUUUGGCUGAUGAGGAUGAAUCUGAGGACAACACAUUAAUUCCAUCAAGUGGAACUGGAGCUAUAACAGUACAAGGUGAAGAUGGACAGCAAUAUGUUCUACUUGAAGUGAUUCAACUUGGUGGUGAAGAUCAGAUAGAUAACGCAUCUACAAAUGUAUCAAUAAAACAAGUUGAAAAAUCUUCUUCACCAAGUCAAAAAGACCUGUCAGUUUUACAUCCACUGUCUUUAUUAGAUGUGAAAGAAGAAUGUGAUGAUAGCGUUGAAAAUUGUUUCGGCUUUGGUAAUGAAGAUGAUGAUUAAAACAACAAACUGGUGGUUAAAAAUUACUAUAAUUUAAGCGUACAAUUUUAACUCAAA